AUGAGGACAUCAAAAAUUUCUUCAGGGAAUUCAGGCUAUCAUGUAUGGAUUCUUUCUUUUGCAAUGAUUCUAUUGCUACUGAUAGCCUUAUCAAAGUCAUGGAUUCAUGACACCCCUUCUGUUACAGCAAGUGAAAAUGUUCAGUUUUCGGGCAUUGUUCCUUCGAAAGGGAAGGAUCAUCCUCCUGUUCUUGCUUAUUGGAUAUGUGGAACUAGGGGAGACGGGAAGAGAAUGUUCAGGCUAUUGAAAGCAAUUUAUCAUCCAAGGAACCAAUAUCUACUGCAACUUGAUGCCGAAGCAUCAGAUUAUGAAAGGGCAGACUUAGUUGUUUCAAUUCAAUCUGAAAGCUUGUUUCAAGCGUUUGGUAAUGUUAAUGUUGUCGGAAAAGGUUACGCUAUUAACGAAAUGGGAUCUUCUGCCCUCGCUGCCAUACUCAAUGCUGCUGCAUUGCUUCUCAGGCUAAGUCCAGAUUGGGAUUGGUUCAUCAAUUUAAGUGCCUCAGAUUAUCCCCUAGUGAGUCAAGAUGAUCUCCUCCAUGCCUUCGCUUCCUUGCCGAGAGAUCUCAACUUCAUCAACUAUACCAAUGACUCUGCGAGAAUCGAAGUGAUUCCUGUUUCAGAAAAUCUCUCACCAACCCGAAAACCGUGCCUGUUACAGCCACAGUGCUCAGCUGCUACAGCAAUUCCAAGUUUUAUUGAAAGUGCUACCAUGGAGAAUUUAAAAUUCUAUCAAAAAGGCUUUUUUCAGGCAAGGAUGAAGGGUGGAUCGGGUUCAGAAGGUGCAGGUGGUCUAGGUUCAACAGUGGAUUUGGAGUCUCUUUGUUUCAAAUGCAGGUUCGGACUUAAGGCUUCAGCAGGAGCUGGGAUGCAAGAAAUUGGAGAUGAAGGUAUGUUUAGCUGCUCUUCUGUUGAUGUUGCCAAAGCGAAGGAACAAGAAGCCACGGUGGUUGAAGUGAUGACUGGAUUAACAGCUGAUGGUGCAGUUGAUUCUGCUGGAGACUGUCGCAGCAGCACCGGCAGAGACCUUCAUGAUGAAUGA